UUUUAUAAUUCUCUCCCUCUCUCUCUCUCUCUCGGUAGAUUUUUCCAUAUAAUAAUAUAAUUGUAAAGAACAAAAGAGUCUGAACAGCAAGAAAAGACUCAGUUAAGCACUAAAUUCUCCUUUGACAGGAUCAUCCGAGGGUAAUAUAAAUAUAAAUAUAGAUCAUUGGCACAUCAACAUAACCUGAGUGAGAAAAAAGCUAAAUCAAAAGGCAAGAAGCAAUAACACAAGUGAUUCUUUUAACAAACUAGAAGAAAAUGGCUAGAACGAGAAAAGCUCGUGCAGGAGUGGAUGAAAGGAAUACUGAUAAAGGGAAUAUUGCCUUACAAGAAAUGGUUAAGGAGGCAGCAGCCACGGCUGCAGUAGGCACAGUACAUCGAGCGCGCAAGAGAUUUGUUGGGGUUCGGCAGCGGCCAUCGGGGCGGUGGGUGGCGGAGAUAAAGGAUACUAUUCAAAAAAUAAGGGUGUGGUUAGGCACCUUUGACACGGCUGAAGAGGCUGCAAGGGCCUAUGAUGAGGCAGCUUGCCUGCUUCGCGGGGAAAAUACCCGAACGAAUUUCUGGCCUCGUUCUCCCUCGUCGUCGUCUUCCUCUUCAUCUCUUCCCCCAAAAAUUACCAACCUUCUUCUUAGCAGGCUAAAGGCACGAAACAACGAGUUGACUGCUUCCUCCUCCUUGCCUGUUGAUCAUCAAAAGAAAACGCAAAAGCAAAAUCAGUCAGAGGAGUCCAUAGAUGAAUUGGCUGAUUUUUCAGAAACACAAUUCACUGAUUUUCUCAAUGAUCCUGAAGAUUACACCAUCGAUGACAGCAGUAUGAUCACUAAUGACUAUACAAGAUCAUGCCUAACACAAAAUGAUGACUUUCAAACUAGCAAUUUCAAUUUGGAUCAGAACUUGAAUGAUUUAGUACAUCUUUCUAAUGAGCAGUUUUCCAGAGGGGAUGCGAAUAUUGGAGGAGAAAUGGACAAUGAAAUUAUAAAUGAGAAUACUGGUCUAGACGAUGUUGAUUUCAAAUUUGUUGAUGAAACCGUAUCAUUUAAUUGUACCCCUUUUGAGAUUGCUGAAGAGAUUUCGAAGGAGGGAUAUGAAGAUGAGCCAUUGAUGCUUAGCGAGGUCAUGAAGAGGAAUUAUGAGAGGAAGUUUUCAGCCUCUCUCUAUGCCUUCAAUGGGAUCACAGAAUGCCUCAAGAUGAAGCACGAAUCCGGGAGUGUACUGGGACAGGAAAGUUCUGAUCACUUGAACAGACUCCAGAAUGCAUGUAAAAUGAACCAACAAGAGAAGAGAAAACUUGAAGAAGGCAACUUUAAAGAGAGUGAAAAGAAUAUGCAGGAUCAGUAUGCGCAAGCUUCAACAGAAAAUGGAGAAUUGUCACUCUGGACCUCCAUUGAUCUCCAACCUAUAUGUAUGCUUAGUUAAUCAGUUGACAAAUUUUUUAUACUUUAACAAUAAAAAAAAGUGUAUUAACUUCUUAGUUAAAGAGAAUCAACAAUAAGCUUUCACUACAUGUUUCUGAAACAAAACUUCAAACUAAAUCCAGAAUCUUUUCAGGACAGAUAAAAAGUAUACGAAAAAAGUUGCAUCGUGAAGGAAAAGUGUUGUAGUUCAUGACUAGUACUAUACAAGCUAACAAAAAGAAUGGCCUUAUUC